AUGAACCCACCCCCCGGAAGCCCCGAGCCCGAGUACCAGCACAUCUGGGAAGAAGAAGAGCUGCGCCGUCUUCGUCAAAACUCGAUGCCUAAGCUCGCAGAGCGCUUGAACGAGGAAAUUGCCAAUGACCCCGAAUUGAGCGCGCGCUGCAUCGAUCAUGUCAACGGAGAACCGAAAGCUGAUGAUACCCAGUCGUCGAACACUAAUGGCUUGGAGGGAAUAUCCGAGCGCAAUACCGAGCAGGGCGUAGGCUGUCCCGAAGCGGAAGAGGCAGCCGAACUCCUUGCCACGGUGCCAGUCGAAGCACCUUCCCAGACCAUUGAUUCUCAACACGAGGACCAGGAAAACGUCCCACCUGUGCGCGGACGAUUCUAUCCGAACAGCGACAACGAAUCGCCCGAGCCUCUGAUGGCCCCGCCAUCCUCACCAGUCGCAAAACACCUUCACGAGCAUCCCUAUAUCAACGGAACCAAGUAG